AUGCACGUGCUGUGGGAAUGUUCUGCUACAAAUGAUAUAUGGACAGAAGAUGGCAGCAGGGUACAGAAGUGGAAUAGAACUGAGACUGACUUCCUGAAGUUGUGGGAGAGCCUUAUGCAGAAACUGAACAUAGAUGAAUUGGAACUGAUGGCAGUAUUGUUUAGGAAAGUGUGGAUGAGAAGGAAUGCGUUUAUCUUUGAAAAGAAAACUUUAUGUCCAAAAAUGGUUAUGAGAACAGCUACUGACUCUCUCCUGGAGUUUAAGAAAGCCCAAUCCUUUCAGAACAGUCAUAAACAAGAGCAAAGUGAGGCAAGGGAGCUAUCAACAUGGAAAAAACCAGUUUAUGGUCGGGUCAAAGUAAAUUGGGAUGCAUCUCUAGACACUAAAGGUAGAAGAAUGGGAGUGGGCAUUAUAAUUAGAGAUAAUGAGGGAGAGGGAAUGGUUGCUGUUUGUGAUCAGAUAAGGAAUGUUGAAAAUCCUGUGGUGGCUGAAUGCUAUGCUUUGAGAUUGGCUGUGGAGUUGUGUUCUGAGCUGUAUAUUCACGAUGCAACUUUUGAAGGUGAUGCCAAGAAUGUCAUCAUGGCUGUACAAAAGGAUGAAGAGGAGAUGUCUGAUUUCGGGUCUUUGAUAGAAGAUAUUAAGUUUUAUUUCAAUAGGAAUGCUGAUUGGCAUUUACAGUUUACAUUUAGAGAAAGUAAUACAGUGGCUCAUUGUUUAGCCAAAAAAGCAUUAAGUCUGUUAGAAAAGACUGUGUGGAUAGAAGAGAUGCCAGAUUUUAUUGGCAGCAAUUUGGUUACAGAAAAACUCUGUAAUAGUGAAGAUUCAUGA